AUGGAGGACAAGGUGGCCAACGAGGAUGACAGCAGAGAAGAGUCAGUUCUUGGAAGUAUACCAUUGCCUAGCUAUGUAAUAUCAGCAGUUGGACCUGAAGAUCAUAUAAACCGCAAGUACUCCUUUAAGGCUGUCCAUACAGGCAUGAGGGCAUAUAUCUAUAAUAAAAGUUCUGUUAUUGGCUCUCAGGCAGAACAUUCAGGGAUGCGCACAUACUACUUUAGUGCAGAUACUCAAGAAGAUAUGAAUAGCUGGAUCCGGGCUAUGAAUCAAGCUGCCCUUAUGCAAACCUGUUCAUCGCCAAAGAGAGAAACAGAAAAAAUAGAUCAGCAAGCUGUUCCUCAAGCAAAUCAUGUGGAUGUCUGCAAAGAAUGUGCAAAGUUAAGCCCCAAUGAUGUACAAAGAAGUUAUAGAAAAUCACUAGAAAGCUCUCAAUAUGGAAAGCAUGAAGAGAUGAGGAGAGCAAGAGAAGAUGGCUGUUACACUGUCAGAAAGGACACCAUAGAAUCCAAGAGGAAGAAAUCUAAACAUCCAUUGAUGUCAGAGGGUGGCACUCUGAAUCCAGAGGUAACAGUGUCUCGGUCCCAAGUUGCUCCACUCGUUGAGAAGAAUGGAUUGCUCUCCAGUUCAUUAAAUACAACUACUGGCCCAUUGGAGCAGAAUGGUACUGGGUUGUAUAAACGAGGAUUUGUUCCCAGACCAACUCAAGACAAACAGAAACAAAGGAAGCACAACAUGGCUCAUAUAGAACACUGGGUAAAAGUCCAAAAAGGAGACACAAAAAGUCCGGCAUCUGAUCCAAUCCGCCAAGUUCCCAGUCAUUCUGCCUCUUUUCCUGAAAAUUAUCACACCUUGCCAAAGAAUGCCAGGCAGCCUUCAGGAAACUCACCACCACCCAAUCGCAAUUUGCCAAGCGAUUACAAGUAUGCCCAAGACCGGGUGAGCCAUCUGAAGAUGUCUCAUGAUGAGAGAAGAGCUAAUAAAGAUGGUACUGUAUGGCAGCUAUAUGAGUGGCAACAGAGGCAGCAGUUUAAACAUGGCAGUCCAACUGCUCCUAUUUAUGUAGGCUCUCCAGACUUUACAGACCAUGGUAAAGGAAGAAGUUCACUAGAUAUUCCACGUUCUGUUUCUGUCCCUCCAUCUCCUUCUGAUAUACCUCCACCGGGACCCCCAAAAACCUUUCUACCCAGGAGGCCACACACUCCUGCAGAAAGGGUUACUGUCAAGCCAUCUGAUGAGAGACAAACGAUAGACGUUCCUUUUGCUGGCUCACCAAGGAAGAUUCGAAAUCAUACAAUAAAGAAUUCAGCGCACAUAGACAGACGCUCCAUGCCUAUGAUGGGAUACAUGACCCAUACUGUAAGUGCUCCAAGUUUGCAUGGGAAAUCGGCUGAUGAUACCUACAUCCAGCUGAAGAAAGACCUGGAAUAUCUGGAUCUAAAGGUAACAGGACAUGAUAUAAUAAAAGAGCGAAAUAUAAAACCUAUCAAGAUUGCAGAAAGCGAUAUUGAUGUGAAGUUAAGUGUUUUCUGUGAACAAGACAGGAUCCUGCAAGACUUAGAAGACAAAAUAAGAGCUCUUAAGGAAAACAAAGAUCAGUUAGAAUCCGUCUUAGAAGUGUUGCACAGGCAGAUGGAACAGUACAAAGAACAACCACAACAUACAGAGAAAAUUUCAUACCAGCAAAGACUUUUGCAGGAGGAUCUUAUACAUAUAAGGGCUGAAAUAUCCAAAGUAUCUACAGAAAUGGAAAAUGCCUGGAAUGAAUAUCUGAAACUCGAAAAAGAUGUCAACCAGCUGAAGCAAGCCUUACAGGAACAGAUGAAUAGAUCUUUUUUCCCUCAGGAGAAGACACAAAUGCAAAAAGACUUAUGGAGAAUUGAAGAUGUGACAGCUGGCCUAAGUGCAAAUAAAUCCAACUAUAAAGUCAUCAUAGAGUCUAUAAAGAAUCCAGAGAGAAAAACAGUGCCUUCAUUUUCUAAGCCUUCAGUGCCUUCAUUAGCAUCUACGCUCACAUCAGCAAACAAAUUUUCUACUCAGCGAAGUCCACCAUCUAGUCCUGUCAAUUCCUCUCUGGAAGUUAGACUCUUUCCUCAGCCUUACACACAGCCUAGAAUGUUUUCUCCAUCCCAAGAGCUGAAAAAAGUUGAGCCUUCAAUGUCAUCUGUAAAAUUGAAGCCAAAGGUUGAAGAUGAAGCACCACCACGACCGCCUCUCCCACAGUUGUAUAGUCCUGAUGACCACCCUCCGGCCAUCCCCCCUCUUCCCAGGGAAGCCACUGUAAUCAGGCAUACAUCAGUGCGGGGACUGAAACGUCAGUCAGAUGAAAGAAAACGAGACCGAGAACUAGGACAGUAUGUGAAUGGAGAUUAUAGAGUAGAACUCCGCUCAUACGUCAGUGAACCUGAACUGGCAACAAUAAACAGUGAUCUGAGCCAACCUUCCAUUGGUUUGAUAGGUACUGACAGCAGAUACCAAACAUUACCUAUAAGAGGAUUAUCUGGCUCAACUUCCAGACUGCAUCAGUCAACAACUUCAUCUUAUGCAACGUUUCGAAGAGAUGGUUCCAAGGAGAGACCAAAGAGUGCCUUGGAACGGUUAUACUCUGGAGACCACCAAAGAGGCAAAAUGAGUGCUGAGGAACAACUAGAAAGAAUGAAGCGACACCAAAAGGCAUUAGUUCGUGAACGCAAGAGAACUCUUAGUCAAGGAGAAAGACAAUCUGUCUCAUCACGACCAUUCAUCCGGCCUGUUUCUGCAGAUAUAGGCUCAUGGAAGCGAGAGCAAGAAUUUGACUUACAGCUACUGGAAAGGGCAGUACGCCCAGAAGAAAAAGAGGAAAAUAACUGGUUAAAGGUUGAUCCUGUGUCAGUGACAGAAGAAGACCUAGAACCUCAACAUUACAAUUUAGAUAUUAGCAAAGAGAUAUCAAAACCUGAAAAGGUUGCAAUUCCAGAGCGUUAUGUUGAGCUGGAGCCUGAAGAACCUCUCACUCCAGAAGAAUUAGCAGCAAGGCACCGUAAGGCAGAGAAAAUAAAGACUAUUCUUACUAAAUCAAGUAUGCACAACCUACAGCUUCCAGUUUCUCAGGACAAACACAACCCAGCUAAUUUAGAUUCACAGUUGCAAGAACAAGAACGCAUUAUUUCCAUAUCAUACGCACUGGCUUCUGAAGCCUCUCAGCGGAGCAAGGAGGUGGCAGCUCCGCAAUUGACCUACCAAUCUAAUGUACCCUCACCUUCUGUACCUCAACCACUCCCCUUAAGCAAUGGAUUUCACUACACAUUUGUCUAAGCGCCUUAAAACAAAAGCAGUGACUGAUCGCUGAUAUCUGGCAUCAACCAGCCAAUGACUUGGAGGAGGACAACAAGGAAGCUGGCAGAC